GUUAGGUAGGUAUUUGAAGUAGUUGAGCCUUGAAAUCUUCAACCUUACCCAAAAUACGUAACGUGCAGAAGAGUAUCUCACUCCCAUUGCGGUUUGGAAUCUACUCCUAUAUCCAUUUCCGUUAGAGAGAGACACAGAAGUUAAUAACUUCUGGGUAAUGGGUAUCAAGGAGGAUGAGAGAUUAGAGGAGAGAUUGCUCUUGGAAGACGGUCUUCCGCUUCCGCAGAACAAAAGCAAUGGACAGUACACUGGAGAUGGUUCUGUUGACAUUAACGGGCAACCUGUAUUGAAGAGCAAGACUGGAAAUUGGAGAGCAUGCCCCUUCAUUCUUGGCAAUGAAUGUUGUGAACGCCUUGCUUUCUACGGGAUUGCUACAAACCUUGUCAGCUAUCUCACUAAAACAUUACACGAAGGAAAUGUCUCUGCGGCAAGAAAUGUUUCCACUUGGGCAGGCACUUGCUACCUCACACCCCUUAUUGGAGCAGUCGUGGCGGAUGCGUAUUGGGGAAGAUACUGGACAAUCGCUGCAUUCUCCACUAUUUAUUUUCUAGGAAUGUGCACAUUGACCAUAUCUGCAACAGUUCCUGCCCUUAAGCCUGCAGCAUGUGUUGAUUCCAUGUGCCCUGCUGCGACUCCUUCUCAGUAUAUGGUAUUCUUCUUUGGACUGUAUCUGAUUGCACUAGGAACUGGUGGGAUCAAACCGUGUGUUUCUUCCUUCGGAGCGGAUCAAUUUGACGAUACCGAUCCUAAAGAGAGGGUUAAGAAGGGAUCCUUCUUCAAUUGGUUUUAUUUUUCAAUCAAUUUAGGCGCUCUCGUAUCAAGCAGUUUAAUCGUUUGGAUUCAAGAAAAUGCUGGGUGGGGCCUAGGUUUUGGGAUCCCUGCAUUGUUCAUGGGCAUUGCUAUUGCAAGUUUCUUUUCAGGCACUUCUCUUUACAGAUUUCAGAACCCUCGGGGAAGCCCUCUUACAAGAAUGUGCCAAGUUUUGGUGGCAUCAUUCCGAAAGCGGAAUUUGGAGUUCCCUACUGACAGUAGUCUUCUGUAUGAAGAACCAGAUAAAACCUCAGCAAUGGAAGGAAGCAGGAAACUGGACCAUACUGAUGAAUUGACGUGCCUUGACAAAGCUGCAGUAAUCUCAAAUGCUGAUGGCAAAAACAUGGACUCUAAUCCAUGGAGGCUUUGCACUGUAACCCAAGUGCAAGAACUGAAAAUAUUAAUCCGCAUGUUUCCAAUCUGGGCAACUGGAAUCAUCUUUGCUGCUGUUUAUGCACAAAUGGGCACCAUGUUUGUUGAACAAGGGACUGUGAUGGACAGGACCGUCGGUUCCUUCUCCAUUCCAGCAGCUUCACUCUCCACAUUCGAUGUCAUCAGUGUUAUUUUUUGGGUCCCUGUCUAUGAUAGGGUCCUUGUACCAAUAGUGAGAAAAUUCACCGGCAAUGGGAGAGGAUUCUCAGAGUUACAGCGGAUGGGAAUUGGUCUCUUCAUUUCAAUAUUGUCCAUUUCAGCUGCUGCUUUUGUGGAGAUGAGGAGACUGGCAAUAGCAGAAUCCCUUGGUUUGGUUGAUGUAAAUGCUCCAGUCCCGCUUAGUAUUUUAUGGCAAAUUCCCCAGUAUUUCUUGUUUGGGGCUGCAGAGGUGUUUACUUUCAUUGGACAGGUAGAGUUUUUUUAUGACCAGUCCCCAGAUACUAUGCGUAGCUUGUGCAGCGCUUUGUCGCUUCUGACGACUUCUUUGGGAAGUUACUUGAGCUCUUUUAUCCUGACUUUAGUAACAUCUAUAACAACAAAGGGCGGGAGUGCUGGAUGGAUACCUGAUAAUCUGAAUGGGGGUCAUCUCGAUUAUUUCUUCUGGCUUUUGGCGGGACUCAGCUUCGUAAACAUGGUGGUGUAUGCCUUCUGUGCAAAAAGGUAUAAACAGAAAAAGGCAAUUUGAGGGUUCUAUUGCUGUUGUUGUCAUAGCGUCAAUGUAUCCUUCUGGGUUUAUAUGUUUUCUUCAAGCUCAGUGGAGAUGUUCAUGAUAAUGUACAGAUAGAGCAUUUGCUUCUGAUGAAAUAAACAUACAGGCUACAUAGUUUUAUCUUCUUAUGGUGUAAAAUUUGUAAAUUAAUGUGAGAAAUUGUUUGAAGGUUCU